AUGUUUGACUUGAAGAAGAGAAACAGUUUGACGCUGAAAGGCGGCAGAGAGUCGGAGGAGUUCAGGAGGGUGGCGGUCAGACGCAAAGUCCGAGGAGCUGUGGGGGACUGCGACGGCUCAGUUUGCUGCGCGUCGGACAGAAGUUUAAAAGUGUCUGUGAAGAUGUUUGACUUGAAGAAGAGAAACAGUUUGACGCUGAAAGGCGGCAGAGAGUCGGAGGAGUUCAGGAGGGUUGCGGUCAGACGCAAAGUCCGAGGAGCUGUGGGGGACUGCGACGGCUCAGACCUGAGCGGUGGACUGUGCGGCUCGUACAGCUGUGCCCGAGCUCGUGCAUCAGAGCUAAACUCUUAUUUUGGUUCAGAGGAAGAUAACAGGAAAAGCCCAGUAAAGGGAUCCCCUUUAAAACCACAAGUGCCUCCUAAACCAGCUCACCUCCAGAGCCCUCCGAGCGUCAGACAAGAUCCAGUCGGCUCCACGAGAGCAGCGCUACCUCAGCAAAUUAAUGGCACAGAGCCGGACCAGAGUCCUAACAGAGGUCAUGGAGUUCCUGUUCCUUGUUUCAGCCCUCCGCAGGGUUGUUUAGGCUCCUUAAGUCCAGUCAGAGGAGGAGGAAGCCACCUUCUGAAUGGAGCCAGACAGGGGAUUCCAAACCUCGCAAGCAGUCCGGUGCUAGGAUCUCCGAGUCCGGGCAAGAGAGGCAUCCAGAACUGCAGCCCGCUGAGGGAAGGAGGCCACAGCCCCGCGAAGCUGUCCCCCAGAAACCACAGCCCUCUGAUGGGAAAGCUGAGGACGCCAAGCCCUGCUCAGGGGAAGAUGAGCAGCUCCGGUCCUGCCAAGAGCUCCAUGUCCUGGCUGAGCCUGCACAGAAUCCCAAACAACAAGAUGGACAGAGGGAAGUCUCUGAGUGUCCCGGAUCUGGUUGUUUACAUGGAUGAGAGCAGACUUCAUUGUGAUAAAUCUGAACGUUCUCCUCUGAAGCCGAUGCAGUCGCUCAACUGUAACGGACCUGCAGCAGCUCACCACAGACUGAAUCACACCACAGAUGAAGGACAUCGAACGAGUCCUGACAGAGAAACUUCCACCGGACGAAUAAACGACGGCGUGCAGAGGACAGACUGGAUGGUGGUGAAUGGAGUCGGUGACGAGAUGGAAGUGGGGAGGACGCCCACCAGACACGGAUCCAAGUAUUCCUGCCAGUGGACUAAAGCCGGCACGGGAGAUGGGAGGAUUCAGGAGGAGUCAAGAGGUGACGGAAAUGAGGAGGAGGAGGAGGAGGAGGAGGAAGGUGGAGAGGAGCUAAAAGACGAAGAGAGCACAGAGCAGAAACUGUACAAGAUCGCCAACGAGCUGCUGCAGACGGAGAAGGCCUACGUGGCUCGACUCCACCUGCUCAACCAGGUGUUCUGUUCGCGGCUAACGGAGGAAGCAGGUCGCGGCUCGUUUCCUCCAGAGGUGAUAAGGAACAUCUUCUCCAACAUUUCCUCCAUCUACUCCUUCCACAGCCAGUUCCUGCUGCCCGACCUGGAGAGCUGCAUCCGCCACUGGUGUGAGCGCCCCGGUUUGGGUAAAGUCCUUCUGCAAAACGCACCUUUCUUGAGGAUGUACGCCGACUACGUCCGGAACUUCGACCAGGCCGUGGAGCUGGUGAGAACCUGGACUGAACGUUCCUCCGCCUUCAGAAGCAUCAUCCAGGACAUACAGAGCCAGGAGGUGUGCGGGAACCUCACCCUGCAGCACCACAUGCUGGAGCCGGUCCAGAGGGUUCCACGGUACGAGAUGCUGCUGAAGGAUUAUCUGAAGAAGCUGCCGGAGGAUAAUCCCGACUACGAGUUUGCUCACAAAUCCUUGGAGACUAUUUCCAUGGCAGCCACACACUCAAACAGCGCCAUCCACAAAGCUGAGAGCUUGAAACGGCUGCUGGAGAUCUAUGAGAUGGUUGGCGAGGAGGAGGUGGUCAACCCGACUAACGAGUUUCUCAGGGAAGGUCGUCUGCUCAAGCUAGCCGCCAGGAACACGUCGGCCAUGGAGAGACACCUGUUCCUGUUCAACAACUUCCUGCUGUGCUGCUCUCCGAGGUUCAGCCUCGUCGGCCAGCGUUUCACCGUCCGAUGCCGGAUCGGAGUGGAGGGCAUGCACGUGCAGCAGACCACCAAUGAAGACCACCAGUACACCUUCCAGGUCUCUGGGAAGGAGAGGACUCUGGAGCUACAGGCCAGCUCUGAACAAGACCGAGACGAGUGGAUAAAGACGAUCCAGGAAGCCAUCGAUGUGUUUCAGAGGAAACAUGAAACCUUCAAACUGGCCUCCAAGGAGCUGAACGUGGGAGAACCGUCAGAAGAACUGGGCCGACGGGCUCCUCGCUGGAUCCGAGACAACGAGGUGACCUUGUGCAUGAACUGCCAGGAGCCUUUCAACGCCCUGACCAGGAGGAGACACCACUGCCGAGCAUGCGGCUUUGUGGUGUGCUGGAGGUGUUCGGACAAUAAAGUGGCUCUGGAGUACGACGGCAACAAGCUGAACAAAGUGUGCAAGACUUGUUUCUCCAUCCUGACCGGCCAGCGAGGGGACAAGGUGGACGGAAAGAGAAGGAGAAGAACGCUAGAGUCUGAUCCACCUCCAGGUUCCACUGACGGUGUGAUGAGUGGGUUCCUGCAGUACGGCGACAGUCCCGUGAUCCGGCAACGGGUUUGGUGCGUCCUCACCAGAACUGAGCCUUCAGUCCUCCACCUGUACGCGGAACCACAGGACGUGAAGCCUCUUCUCAGCGUUCCUCUGCCGGGCUGCAGCGUCGAUUCUUCCCCCCAGGAGCUCCGGAGUCGACCCGGUUUCUGUCUGAACCAGAACAAGACCUCCCACGUUUUCUCCUGUGAAGACCCGGACCUCAGACAGAGCUGGCUGACUGCGCUUAAAGCCGCCGCUGCGACGUCGAACGGCAUCGGUGGACCCGGAUGUGGAGGCGUCCGCGGCGGCGAGGAAGUCAACAAGGAGAACGAGUCCUGAGUGCUGGAGGUACUGUGUGAAUACAGACAUGAACAUUACAGCAGCAGACGAAACAAGCGCACCGACGCUCGAUGGAGGAAAUCCAGAGCGGAGUACGAUGGACACUAUUCAGACUGAGACCUCUGUUGAGUGGCUGUGCGCUUUAUUCUGAAACGGUUUAUAUUAAAAUGAAUAAAGUAAAAGUGUUUUAACAGGA